CACACAGAACGAUAGCGCUUCCGGCCAGCUCAGCGCGUCAGCCGUAAGCCUGCGGUGUUGUCAGUUUACAGGCUGUCAGGCAAAGGUAGCAGAUACCUUUGGGCUUUAGUGGGUCUGUUAGGAGAACAGAACCGAACCUUGAGACAACAUGGUGCUGCUGACGAUGAUAGCCCGGUUGGCCGACGGGCUCCCACUGGCCGCUUCAAUGCAGGAGGACGAGCAGUUGGGUCGGGACAUCCAGCAAUACCAGAGUCAGGCCAAGCAGCUCUUCAGGAAACUCAAUGAACAGAGUCCAACACGCUGCACACUGGAGGCUGGCUCAGUCACUUUCCAUUAUUGUAUAGAGAAAGGUGUGUGUUACCUGGUGUUAUGUGAGGCCAGUUUCCCUAAGAAGCUAGCUUUUGCUUACCUUGAAGACCUGCAGGCAGAAUUUCAUGAGCAACACGGAAAAAGGGUUCACUCAGUGUCCAGACCUUAUGCCUUUAUUGAAUUUGACUCGUACAUCCAGAAAACCAAAAAGUCUUACAUCGACAGCCGAGCACGAAGAAAUCUGGGAAGCAUCAACACAGAACUCCAGGAUGUUCAGAGAAUUAUGGUUGCUAACAUAGAGGAGGUUUUACAGCGAGGAGAGGCCCUCUCUGCUCUGGACUCCAAGGCCAUUAACUUGUCAUCCUUGUCAAAGAAGUACAGAAGUGAUGCCAAGUAUCUAAACACCCGCUCUACUUACGCCAAGCUUGCUGCUGGUGGUGUCUUUUUCAUCAUGCUCAUUGUGUAUGUGCGCUUCUGGUGGCUCUGAGAGAGAAACUCAAGAAGAGGAAAAGGAGUAUCAAAGCAAACUGAGCUACACAGAAUCAGUAGACACUAAAAAGCCACCACUUACAAACUAAAACAAGGAUCCCUGCGCUAAAUAAGACUUUACCAACAUCCAGUCAGUUUGUUUUUGACUGUCAACAAAUGUGUGCUUUCAACACAAAUGAAGUUUUAUUAUUACAGGUAGAACAUAAAAUCAGAAUCUUAACAAAAUGCAAAGCAAAGAUGAAUGAAGUUUCGUGUGGAUUCCUCCUAAUCUGUGUAAUCUGUGGUGGAAAUGGAAGUGUACAAACCUUUCUUGUUUAUAAGUCUGCAAAGUUCAACAGCAGUCUUGUCAGAAGACUUCAUGACUGAUAUGUCUAAAGGCUGGUUCAUGCAUACAAUUAAAUAUGUGUGCUGAUAUAACUCACAUAGCAGAAAUGACCAUUAGAAUGACUCAAUAAUUUAAAAUAUAUAUACUGAUUUUGUCAUGCUCAAAAAUGUUAAAGGCAACUAAUUUAAGAUUUUUUGAUUGUUUUUAUGUGUUCUCUGAUCCAGAUUCAGUUUUCCUAUACUGUUAAUUAAUCCUUUAUUGGUCACAUUAUUCUGUCGUUAGGCAGUCCUUCAAUUAAAUUUGUAGAAAAGGCAGGUAUUGAAAAUAACAAAUACCCAAUUCUGUUUACUUAUAUUGUAAGCUGUAUAAAUGUGUGAGUGCAAUUUAAAGACUGUAAAAAGCAAAGGAUGUGUAAAGGACACAUUUUGUUCUUUCUCUUUUCAAAUAAUAAAGUAAUUUGCUUCAAA